AUGUGUGUACGUGUCCCGCAGAAACCCCGUCGGCCCCCACCGUCGCCCAAGCCAUCACCUCCACCACCACCGCCAGGCAAGCAAUUCCAGGCUUAUAAGUACAAGAAGUACGUCUACAUCUUCUCAGUCAACUCCUACACCUACAGUGAAGCUGCAAACUUCUGCUACUCGCGGGGCUACAGCCUGGUGCCGUACAGGGACUUGCUCAGUAAAGACGUCACCGGAGCGCUGUGCUUCAACAGUGGACUGGGCUGCUGGGUGGCGGGUGCUCAGAGCGGCUACUGCCCCUUCAUCGACCCAAGUGGGAACGGGGGUCCGUACGCAAGGAACUGCGAAGAAAAGCAACGUGUGCUCUGCUUCCGCCCGAGUCCCUAG